UGAAUCUUAAUGUAGCGGUUCAUCGCCAUUAUUUAUAGCCUAGCGGGCUCCUCCAUACAAACCGGUAUUCUCUCAGCUCGGUCUCUGUAUAAAGGAGUCACGAAGAGACAACAGGGCCACUUACAUUGGCAAAGCGUGCAUGUCGAGACGCACUUUUCUCCUUGUGAGUGGAGCGGGGAUUACCAUUUGAAGCGCAUACACACAUCGCAACAAAGAUUCUGACUCUUUCCCGUCUCCCUCCGGCUGGCAUUAGCUAGAGGCACAGUCGUAACAGCAACAGCAACAACAACCCCUACAACAACAACAUGAAGCUCAGGCUGCUGCUGCUGGGCUGCUGUGCGCUCGUGUCCGGCCAGAGGAAGGCUGGUUUCCCAGAACAAGAGAAGGAACCUAAGUUCUGGAACGACUGGGCCCAGAAGACCCUGGACAAGGCUCUGUCCCUGCAGACCCUCAACCAGAACAAGGCCCAGAACCUCAUCCUGUUCCUGGGUGACGGGAUGGGGAUUCCCACGGUAACGGCUGCUCGCAUACUGAAGGGGCAGCUCAGAGGACAACCUGGGGAGGAGGGCCAGCUGGAGAUGGACAAGUUCCCCUUUGUGGCCCUGUCCAAGACCUACAACACCAACGCCCAGGUGGCCGACAGCGCGGGCACAGCCACCGCCUACCUCUGUGGGGUCAAGGCCAACGAGGGCACGGUGGGCGUGAGCGCGGCCGCCGUGCGCUCGCAGUGCAACACCACGCAGGGCAACGAGGUCACCUCCAUCCUGAGGUGGGCCAAGGACGCAGGGAAGUCGGUGGGCAUCGUGACCACGACGCGGGUGAACCACGCCACGCCCAGCGCGGCCUACGCCCACUGCGUGGACCGCGACUGGUACUCGGACAACGAGAUGCCCGCCGACGCCGUGGAGGCGGGCUGCAAGGACAUCGCCCGGCAGCUCUUCGAAAACAUCCCGGACAUCGACGUCAUCAUGGGAGGGGGCAGGAAGUACAUGUACCCCAAGAACACGACGGACGUGGAGUACCCCGGGCAGCCCAAGCACAGUGGAACCCGGAAGGACGGCCGGAACCUGGUGAAGGAAUGGGUGGACCGGAAUACUGAAAAGAAAGGACAUUACGUGUGGAACAAGAAGGAUCUGCUCUCUCUGAACCCCACCAAGGUGGACUAUCUUCUGGGUCUAUUUGAACCUGCCGACCUGCCCUAUGAUCUGGAGCGGAACAAGGAAACAGACCCCUCGCUCUCUGAGAUGGUGGAGGUGGCCAUCAAGAUCCUACGGAGGAAUCCUAAUGGGUUCUAUCUGCUAGUGGAGGGGGGACGCAUCGACCACGGACACCACGAAGGCAAGGCCAAGCAGGCCCUGCACGAAGCCGUGGAGAUGGACCGCGCUAUUGGUCGAGCUGACCUGAUGACCAGCACCUCGGACACCCUGACCGUGGUCACCGCUGACCACUCCCACCUGUUCGGCUUCGGUGGCUACACACAUAGAGGAAACUCCAUAUUUGGUCUGGCUGCUAUGAUCAGCGACGUGGACCAGAAGCCCUUCACAGCCAUCCUGUACGGCAAUGGGCCCGGCUACAAACUGGUCAACGGUGCUCGGGAGAACGUUUCCACCGUCGACUACCAGGAUAACAGCUACCUGGCCCAGGCCGCCGUGCCCCUCUCCUCAGAGACGCACGGGGGGGAGGACGUGGCCGUGUUCGCCAAGGGCCCGAUGGCUCACCUGCUGCACGGCGUUCACGAGCAGAACUACAUCCCCCACGCCAUGGCCUACGCCGCCUGCAUCGGCCAGAACCGCGCCCACUGCCUGGCGUCGGCCGGGGCCGCUCCGCGCCGCCCCGGCCUGGCCGGUCUGGUCGGCCUGGCGACGGUGAUGCGGCUGUUGUGUUGACUCACCCUUUUAUGUAUCACUCCACCCCAGUCCGCUCUUGGCCCCGCCCACCUGUUGUGUUGACCGACUCACCCCUUUAUGUAUCACUCCGCCCCAGUCCGCUCUUGGCCCCGCCCACCUGUUGUGUUGACCGACUCACCCCUUUAUGUAUCACUCCGCCCCAGUCCGCUCUUGGCCCCGCCCACCUGUUGUGUUGACCGACUCACCCCUUUAUGUAUCACUCCGCCCCAGUCCGCUCUUGGCCCCGCCCACCUGUUGUGUUUUUGUCUUUGUUGGAUCUACUCUGCCUAUGAACUGGAUUUUUUUGCGACCACUAAUUAGACAACUAUUUUUUCAUUUUGUAUGAUUAGUCUCAUGUGGGUGUUGAAUGCUGAUGAUGUUUUGCUGAAUAUCGACAGGUUAAUUCACAAAGGAAGGGGGUUUUCACACUUCAUUUCCCUUCAGAUUUUGUUCCCUUGUUCAAGUCAACGGCAUCUACCUCAUCAGUGAUCCUAGAUCUCAUGGCUCUUCUUCUGCUUCAGGAAAGCACAGCACGCGUUAACUGGGAACAAAUUAGGUAUUCUGGAACAACCUUGAUGAGGCAUUGUUACCAUUAUUUCUUUUAAAACAAAACAAGAUAAAGGACUUCUGAUAUCUGUCGACCAAUAAAGAACAUUUGGAUGGUUUUCUUAUAAA